ACACUAGUGCUCUCGGAGAUCCCGCCACUGCUGUCCCCCACCCGGCGCCCCAGCCAGGCCUGAGAUCAUGAGGCAGCCGCCAGCUGUGGCCCUGCUCCUGCUGCUGCUGCUGCUUCGGUUUGAGAGAGCCGUGGGCUGGGCUGUAGCCUCGGGAUUGAAGUUAGAUUGGAGACAUGCUCCUUGGAACAGACUGUGAGAACGUCCAGACCUCUGAAAUGCAAAGGCCGCUCUCAGGGACUCUUCCUUUAUCCCAGCUCAAGGCUGUCCAAGGGACUCAGAUGACCAAAGCAUUGAACGUCUGCGGGCGCCCGAGGAUGCUGAACCGGAUGGUGGGUGGGCAGGAUGCCUUGGAGGGCGAGUGGCCAUGGCAGGUCAGCAUCCAGCGAAAUGGAAGCCACUUCUGUGGGGGCAGCCUCAUCACAGAUCGGUGGGUCCUCACUGCGGCGCACUGCUUCUCCAACUCUCUGCUCUUUCCCACCAGCACCUCUGAAACAUCCUUGUACCGGGUCCUGCUGGGGGCGCGGCAGCUGGUGAAGCCAGGACCACAUGCCACGUAUUCACGCGUGAAGCUGGUGAAAAGCAACCCCCUAUACCAGGGCAUGGCCUCCAGUGCCGAUGUGGCCCUGGUGGAGUUGGAGGCACCUGUGACCUUCACCAAUUAUAUCCUCCCCGUGUGCAUGCCUGACCCCUCGAUCACCUUUGAGUCGGGCAUGGAAUGCUGGGCCACUGGCUGGGGCAGCCCCAGUGAGCAAGAUCGCUUGCCUAACCCUCGAAUCCUCCAGAAACUCGCUGUGCCCAUCAUUGACACGCCCAAGUGUAACCUACUCUACAGCAAAGAUGCUGAGUCCGGCUUUCAGCCGAAAACCAUCAAGGACGACAUGCUGUGUGCUGGCUUUGCCGAGGGCAAGAAGGACGCCUGCAAGGGUGACUCAGGAGGCCCCCUGGUGUGCCUGGUGGACCAGUUGUGGCUACAGGCUGGAGUGAUCAGCUGGGGUGAGGGCUGUGCCCGCCGGAACCGCCCAGGUGUCUACAUCCGGGUUACCUCCCAUUAUGACUGGAUCCAUCGGAUCAUCCCGGAACUGCAGUUUCGGCAUGCCAGGUCGGGCGGCCAGAAGCGGGGGCCCCGGGUCCAGCAGCCCCGCGUUCAAAGCUUUGCACCCUGCCUGGCGGCCCACACUGUCCUCCUGGUCCUCAUGGCCCUACUCACCUGCUUCUGAGCCCUGCUCAGGCAGGUAGGCGAGUGUGGCCACCGGAGCCCACAUGUACAUUUGUAAAUAGCUGUUUCUCUCUUCUUUCAAAUGCCAGUUAUUUUUAUUUAUGUUCACCCUCCAAUAAAAACCUAACCUCAGUACCAGCUGCCAGGUAUGGGGAGUGGAGGGGCAC